AAUGGGACAAAUGUGUUGUAUGAUUUAUAGCAGUAGAAAUACGAUUGCGGAAGUGGUUAACACUAAGCAGGGGAGAAGAGAGGGUUUUGCAGUUUUGAAAUUACCGUUGAACAAAGGAUACGAAACAAGGACUCGGUUAUGGUGUGAGUUGCAGAGUCAAUUCAAUUCCAAUUUCAGAUUCAUCGGUAGCAUAAACACACACACAGUGACUGAAUAAGAGAAUGAGUACAGAGUUUGAUUCAACGUCGGCUCCUGAACCUCACAAAAUGUCUGGAGCUUCAUCUGCAGCAACUACUAGUGGCCAAAAGCUCUCUAUAUUUGCUGCCAAAUCUGGAUUUGUCAUCCCUAAAAACAAACUAUCAGGGUCAUUGGUCCCCAUUUUCCGAGGGGCUAAAAAGCAUGGGGUCCCUGGAGUAAUCAAUGAAGAAAGUUCAAAACAAAUUGAUAGGAGAUCGAAAUGGGGACCUGAUCUAACACAAGAUGCAACUGUUAGGAGGGGAAAGGCUUUAGCUUUGCAGAUUAGAGUCGAUCAAAUUACAAUGCAGUUGGAAUCAGAAAAGCUGGAAGUUGGGGACACUCAGAACAUGCCAUUGGCUGAGAAUCUAGAUAAAAGCAAGUUUGGCCCUCAAAUUAAUAGCAAGAAGUCAGAAAUGCUCGAACUUGAAAAGCGGGAAGUAAUAGGUGAAAUUCUCAAAUUAGAUCCCAGCUACAAGCCUCCACCUGGUUUUAAACCAUUGUUAAAAGAAGCCUGCAUUCCUUUGCCUGUCCAAGAAUUUCCCGGGUACAAUUUUGUUGGAGUAAUAUAUGGGCCUGAAGGUGAUAAUCAAAAGCGGCUAGAAAAGGAAACUGGUGCAAAGAUAAAAAUUCAUGGAACCAAAGCAGACACAGGAGAGAAAGGUGAAAUUAAGCCUGGAACUGAUAUCCAGUGCAGUUACAAAGAGAUGCAUGUUAAAAUAUCAGCUGAUGGUUUUGAUAAAGUGGAUGCAGCAAUGUCAAUCAUUGAACUACUAAUUAACUCUAUAACUGGGAAUUUAGCUUCUGGUUCUACACCCUCCGUGUCAGUUUCUAGGGACAGCACUGAUGUUCCAAUUCAAAGCCAAGGAGGCCCCUCUUCUCGUGCAGUUUCUCUAUCUCUGGAAAAUCAGGCUGGGCUGCAACCAAUAGCUGUUAAACAAAUGCAUGGGGAUAACUUUCAACACUCUGGUCCAUGGUUUUCAGUAGUUCCAUGUCAUACCCCUUUGUUUGUUUCUUCCGGUGGUAUAGCCUCCUCAAAUCCACCAGAUCUUGCUAGAGCUCCCCAUCUUUUGUCUCAAACUUCAAACAUGGCUUCAACUUUUGGCGCUCAACCUGUGCCUGUUGCAGGAUUUCAGCCAAUUAUUCAAAAUCAACAUGUUUCUAUGCAUGCACCACCACCACCAAGACAGAUUUUACAACAUUCCCAUAUGACUCAGGCAAGUCCUUUGGGUCACACUGGGCUGCCUAGAAAUCCUUCUAUAGUAUCUGUACAGAAUUUGUCAACUCCAACAAAUGCUUCACUUUCAUUUCCAGUUACUUUAAGCCAACCAACACCAAUAGGACAACUUCAUACAUCAAUUUCUUCCAUGCCUCUACCUAUGUCUGGCAUAUCACCAUCACCAAUACCUAACCAGCCAUUGACCCAUCUUGGGGUCUCUUCUGGGCAGAAUGAAUCAUCUGCCCCUGUUAAAAUGUCUGUAGGUCCUAGCAAUAUUGGGCCAAUGGCUCCACCAGCAGUUCCACCUACAAGACCUGCUUCUUUACAUCAACAAACGGAUAUUGCAUUUAUGCCACCACAACCAAAUAUUUCAAUGAUGCCACGAUCUGCCACCUUUCCUCCACAUCAAGCAGGAAUUUCCCCUAGACCACCAUCUACUUUGAGACCAAUGCCUGCACCUACACAGUCAUCUGUAAACCAUUUGUCUGGACCUGUUUCAUUUCCUUCACCUGGAAUAUCCCCUUCUUUCCCAUCACCUCAGCAAGCAGGAAUACCUAGUUCUGCUUCUGGAGUUGCUUCUUAUCACACCCAUGUACAACCACCUGUCUUGGUGACUUCAAAUUCUGGAAAUUUUACCUUUCAAUCACGCCGGCCUAAUGCAGACUACAGUCAUGUGGUUGCCAGACCAAACAGUCAGGCUACUCCUCAGGGUGCUGCUACACAAGAACCACCUUCUGGUCCACGGCCACUGCCAUUUGGGUUUGCUGUGCCUGAUCGACCUCUUCAAAUUUUUCCAAGGACACAAUUCCCCAAUCAGGUGGAUCAAGCUCAAGCUCAUGUGUCUAAUGCUCGCUUUGGGGGAAGAUCAGGUUCUGUCUCAAACUCGUUCCCACCACCCAGACCCGGUGCAUUCCCAUUUACUGGUCCAAUCCCACAAAUGGGCAUGAAGAACUUCAUUUCUGCCUCUCACUUGCCCAGUGCUGGUGCCCAAAGAGGCAUGCCCAUUCGACAAAGCUAUCCUGCUCAGAUGGCACGGCCAGAUAUCCCAAUGCCUCUGGAUCAGAAGGUUGUCAACAAUCCCCCCAUGACUCCUGGUAAGCCAGUAUAUCCUGCGGACCAAAUUUAUGAUCCCUUUUCGCCCACUUCCAUUGCACCUCCACAACUGAAAGGUAAUCCUGGAAAAUGAGGGAAUUGGAUAUGGCUAAGUGAAAUUUGAAGUUAUGACUGCACAGGCGCGAAAUUAUUGCAUAGAUUAAUAUUGAGCAUGAUUCUAGAAUCAUGUGAUAUCUAACCAGAAAGUUUGGGUUUGAUGACUUAUUGUAUUGCUAUUUUAUUGGGCGUUUCUUUUUCUGAAUGCCCAUGCCGAUGUUUCGUUAGGAAUUGGAUUUUAUGAAUCUUCGCAGGGAGAGUUUUACACUCUUGUGUAAACUACAUACCAUUCGUUUAGUUUUUUUCCCUUCAAUUCUGCGUUUAAGCUCGGUUUGAUUAGUAUUGUUUGGGUAUCCGCCGUGUCACACGUCUCUUAUUAACAAUUUUAACUUAUCUUUUAAUCGAUAUAAUAAUAAUAAUCUUC